GCCUACUACUAUAAGAAUUUAUAAACUUUCUUAAUUAGCAGAUUAUGAAAAAAAGAGAUAAGAACGUGAUUAUCACCUCAAUUGGUCAUCAUCAUUUCAUCAUCACAAAGCUUGAAUGGUCAUAACUCAUAAUCCCACCCUUGCUUCAAACUUCAAAGGGUCCAUAAUCAUUACCCAAAACAAUUACAUAUAUUGUUAGAGCCAAUAGGUCUUGCAUACUACAUAGUUAACAAAAAAAGAUAAGUCCCUCUCUUAAUCGCAACCAAUAAUCCCCUCUUUAAUUCUUCUUCUCCUUUCAUAUUAUCACUUUGAUGAUUUUAUUUUAUUUUUUAUUUUUUUGUGUGCAGGUGAUGAGAUUAUGAGUGCUCUCUCCCUUUUUCUCCUCGCCCUGUUUUUAAAGGUCACACACACACACUGACUGUAAAGCUUCUUAAAAAACAGUUAAUAUUUAAUAACAUAAAAAUGUAUAUCUCAGUCAACAAUGUGAUGAAUUGUAAGGUGAGACUUUGAAAAAGCCAGCAUUGGAUUCCUUUUUACUUAUGUAAAACUGUUGAUUAUAAUGGUAACUAAAGAGAUUUUACCACUAGUAAUAAUCUGUACUGUCUUCCUUCCCCUCCGCUCCUUCUUUACCACUUUCUGCUAAUUCCUAUCUCAAUCUCACACACUCUCCAUGUGUUGUCCUUUAUUCCUAAAUUCCUAAAUUAGGAACACUCUUAGUCUUAACUACAGCAAACAGUAUAACGUCACAAUGUCAGUUUUAUCAAUUCAUCAAUUCAUUCACAGAGAGAAUACAGUCGAUAGUAAUGGCGGCCGAUCAAAAGCUCAACAAGAAAUCAAUGGCUAUCAAAUGGAUCAGUGGGAUCACUGUUUUGAUCUGUUGUAUCGCCGUUCCUCUGGCGAUCUUCUUCUGCGGUGGGAUUAACCAGAUCAAGUACGACCGGUUCAUCAACCCGGAGCAAGAUCUCAAGCGGUUUCAACCCCUCCACAAUCUGUUCUUCUUCUAUGUCGGGGUUGAUUCCGCCAUUGGGCUGAGCGCUUCUUUGUGCUUGAUGGUGUUGGUGAUGGAUUUUCUCGAAGAUAAGUUUCCAGAUCCAGCCGCCCCAAUUCAGAGCACAAAAAAAUCUGGGGCUAUUCGCAAAAACUGGUCACCAUCACUCUGUUCUGCAAUUACAUUCGUUGUUCUGUGUUAUGUUUUCCUGAUAGGGCUGAUUGUGAUGACUUAUACCGAGGAGACGCGUCCAACGCGGAUCAAAAUCAGGCAUCAUUCCCACAUCAGCCCGGAGGAGAUGCGGGAUUUUCAAGAACUGGACAUGAUGUCGUAUUGCGCUGCGGGAGUUUUCCUCGCCGCUUUGGUUCUGAAAACUGCUUUUUUCUGUUGGUUGGAUGGAAUUUUUAAGGGAAAUCAACAUUCUGAAGGUGGAGGUGAAGGUGAUGCUGAGCUCGUCUAACUCCAGCCCAGGGCGGUUAGUGGUGAUUAAUUUGCUUUGUAGUAGUAGUAGUAGUAAUAGGGUUUAAUAGUUUGUUUAUUUUAAUUUAUGUAAGUUUAGAAUAUUGCGAGCUGUUCUGUUCUAUUUUCUUCUCUCUUUCUUUUUUUACCCCUUCUGUCGUAGACUCGUAGAGGUAUCUCUACUAUGUAGUGGAACCUUGAUUUUAUAUUUAAUUAUUAAUCGGGAAGUUUUUUUAGAUAAUUA